GCGUCUAUGUAUAUGUCUAUGGGACUGACCACGUGGUCUGCAAACAUCUAACAGGAUGUACAUGCUUCUACAACUUCCGGUUUAUAUUUGUAGGCUAACUCUUUGGUCACCUGCUCUCGUGCGCUCUUUGGACGAGCCGAGGAGGCGAUUUUCUUUUCUGUGUUUCGUGUCCCCGGUACCGGGACGGCUCACGCGGAUCAGUUUGAGAAAUGAGAUGCACCCCAUGUUGCACACAUGCCUCAAACAAACAUGCUGAAUGUUUCGCCCUGCGGUCAGUUGACAGACAUAAAGAUGAACCAAUAGUGUUUCGUCUAGUUAAGUCACGCCCUCAUACUAAAUACUUGAAUGGAUUAUUAACUUCCGGUACGCCGCAUUCGGGGUUGUCGUAAUUCUGACUUUCAAACUUUUAAAUAUCGUUCGCGUCAAAACAGCACAUCUGUUCAUCAGCUGUCCUCUGUCCUUCCCACACGGUGAGCUGUCAUCUUGACUCAUGUUGAUGAGUGUACGCUCACAAGUCGAAUCGAACUCCCCGUUUCAGUCAUCCGCUCACGGAACCUGAACGCAACAGAGACGACACAAACAGCGGUUCCCGGUGGAUGAGGAGAAGAGAGGAGGAAGAGAAGAAAAGAAAAGAAAAGAAAAGAAAAGAAAAGAAAAGAAAAGAGGAGAAGAGAGAAGAGGAGUCCUCAGUAUACUGCCUACUUUCCUUCUCUUCUGUCUUCAUGUGAGGCUGGAGUCACUGAGGUGGAGAUGUGGGUGUAGCUCGUCGCUCUUAUGGCUGUAGCAGCUCGUCGGGAUGUUUUCAAUCAACAUGGAAACAAAAAGAGUGGAGAUCCCCUCCGGAGUGUUGGACGACCUGUGCAGCCGGUUCAUUCUACAUAUCCCAAGUGAGGAGAGGGACAACGCUAUCCGGGUGUGCUUCCAGAUCGAACUGGCUCAUUGGUUUUACCUGGACUUCUGCAUGCAGAACACUCCAGGAGCUCCUCACUGUGGGAUAAGAGACUUCGCCAAAGCAGUCUUCCAUCACUGUCCAUUUCUGUUGCCUCAUGGAGAGGAUGUGCAGAAAGUCCUUGAACAGUGGAAGGAGUACAAGAUGGGUGUUCCAACUUAUGGAGCAAUCAUUGUAGAUGAAUCACUAGAAAAUGUACUGCUUGUUCAGGGCUACCUUGCAAAGUCAGGGUGGGGCUUUCCGAAAGGGAAGGUUAAUGAGGAUGAAGCUCCUCAUGACUGUGCGAUUCGUGAAGUGUUAGAGGAGACGGGAUUUGAUAUCAAGAAUCGUAUCUGCAAAGACAUGUACAUAGAACAGAAAAUCACUGAUCAGCUAGUGCGGCUGUACAUCAUCCCAGGAGUGUCAAAAGAUACCAAAUUCAACCCGAAAACAAGAAAAGAGAUCAGGAACAUUGAAUGGUUUCCUAUUGAGAAGCUGCCAUGUCAUAGGAAUGACAUGACCCCAAAGUCUAAACUUGGACUUGCCCCCAACAGGUUUUUCAUGGCUAUUCCAUUCAUAAGACCGCUGCGAGAAUGGAUCGGCAGGCAGAAAGGCGAGUCAACAGACAGCGACGAGGACUUUGCGAGCAACAGCAACACUCCAGGCAAACACACAGACAUUGUUCGGUCAAAAUCCCGUCGCCUCACAGGUACUGAUGCAUUGCCAGGGGAUGGAUGGGCAAAACACAAACAGCAGAAGGCUCUAAGCCAGCUGAGUCAGUCUGAGCUGAAUCAGAACCCAAAUUUGAAAGGCAAUGGGAAGAAAUGUCAGGAUUCACCUUACGUGAAGAAAGGAGCCAAUGACAAUGGAGCCAGCAACCAGCAGGUAAAAACCGUAUUUUCACGUAAUGCACUCUUAUUCUGUUUCUACAGAAAGAAGAUAAAAAAAUUCAGCCCAGAAGACUGCAAGACAGUUUUGACAGAGACAUGGCUGCCUGCAGCUCCAAUGGUCACCACACAGUCCACAGCAGAGUUUGUGAGCAUCUGCUAUCCUCCAAGGCUUUUCUCAAUUUCAAAUUUGACAGAGAUGCCAUCAUGAAAUGUUUCGACUACUGACAUAGCUGAUGAAGUGCUGUGCUUUGCUUCUUGCCUGGCUUGUCAUGAACACACCUUUUACAGUGGGGAGUUUUCCCAUUUAACAUUGAAUACAUCAAGUGAGCUGCACUGGAGUUGUUUGCUUUUGUUGCUGAACUUUUCAUACCUUAUAAAACGGGUGGUAACAUAACAGAGCUGUCUUCAAUUUUGUCCAAGGCAGACUCUUUAAUUUUUAUGUUUCAUUUUUGACUUCAUCUUUAAAUACCUAAAUUCAUGAUUCAACCUGUAGGAGACAACAAACCACAAGGAGAGAAUUAUUCAGGUUUACAAUUAGUCAUUAGCAAAAAUGUGGAGUUUUGAGAACAUAAUGGAUUUUAAAAACAUGUGAAAUGAUAGCAAAUAGUAAUACAUUCAACUGUGAUACCUUGGUGAAUUUGGCCAAUGAAUUAAUGUUAGAUUUGUCACCAUAUACCUAUAUAUUGAUUUUAAGAUG